CUGAAGGAAUCAGGCGAGGACGUAUUUUAUUGCCGGAAAAGAAUGCUGCCACGACUUCCGGUAAAUAUUGCGCUCCUGGGGAGGCGGGAAAUGAAAACGCUGUUGCAAGUUGUCCAUCGCUUGAAGGCAGCAGCAGUCUGUUAGUGAUGUCCAAAGUUGAAAAGACAGACGUGGAAAGGACACGUCCUCCGCCUGUUAAAGUGCUGUCGGGACAGCUGAGGGCGGCAGGGAACUGGGGCACCGCUGAUAGCGGGGCCGGCUGUGUAAUUAGACUGGGCAGAGGACGCUCUUUGCCUGUCUCGCUGGUGUGGAUGCAGGGGACUGUGCUGGAAGUCCAGCAGGACAGAGACACCGUGCUGCUGAUGGAUGAGACGGGGACUUUCGUUGUUCAGGGUGUUAACAACAUCCCCAAAGGGAAACCGUGCUUGUCCCAAGGGAAAUAUGUCAUGGUGAUGGGCAUCAUUCAGGCGGUCUCACCAGAGCCAGUCAUCCGUGCAGUGAAGAUGGCAGACCUCUCAGAGCUUGCUGCACUUCACAGAAGGAUGUGGAAGCUUGAGGUGGAUGACUUGCAGCAGGUGCUGGCCUGAAUGCUGGGCUGAAGUGCUCCUCCUCCUGUAGCUUGUUACAUACUACUGAAGUGUCAAAUGUUACCUCAGCAGACUUAAAAGAUGACUUUCCUGUCUGCUGGACUUGUUUGAUGGAGGUCAAGUGCUUAAGUGAUUAAGAAAACUGGUGUGUGUGGCUCCUAAUCCAAAGUUGUCACUGGAGUUUUUUGAUCAAGAUGAAGUUAUCCACCCAUCUUCAUUGUAUUUAAUAGUACUGUUUUGAGGUUUUGCCUCUUUUUCAGAUCAAAUACCUUUGUUAACCAAGUAAACAUGGUCGAAAAAAAAAAACUUUUCAAUAAUGCUUCAGUUCUUUAUUAAAACACUGCAUCAGUAUUGACAUGAGUUCAAAACUCCCCAUUGUGCAUAAAGCCAUCACUGAGGAUUGCUCUGAACUUGUGUUUAAUGUAAAUGAAGUUUGUAGGAAAUGAUUUUACUUCAACUCUAACAAUGUUACCUGACAACAUACAGGCUUGUAAUAUAUGGACCAUUAUAAGACAAUACAAUAACCAACAAUGUAUGAAACUGCUCUCAUAAUGAUUACAGUGAGAUGGACACCUUUUCUGUAUUUAGUUACAGGAAUUGUGCAUGUGUAUGCUUAAAUAAAAGCCAUUUCAAAACGGAUUAAAAAAGGAGCUUUAUUUGGUGUGGUGCCCAUUACAUUGGUAACACUAUUAGAUAAAUGGAAAGUGAAGAUGACCUAUGUUUACUGAUUAAAAUAAAAGAAUGUCAACUCAACUCUUUAUUUAAGUAAUUGAUACUUAAAACAGUAAAAGGUCAUUAACAUACAAACUGUUUGUGGGGAAAAAAAUUUUUUUGUUUAGGUCAACUGUAAGAAUCUGAACAUGACUCUGAUCAAGGUUUACUCAUGCUUCCCCCCUCCCCACCAUUUUCAGGUAUGACAGAAUGGUGCACUGCAAA